GUGUAUAUUGUGCAAUGCAUUUGUUUCUAAUGCAUUUAUCCAGCUGAAGGGUUAGUGUUUUUAUUCCACCCUCCAUUGUAGGGUAACAGCCUCCCACAGAAAUGCAUUACAGAAUUCUGAAAUAAAAUAAUUAUAUAUACAGUUCAGGGGCUACCACAGCUACUGCUCCCCAUAAAUGUUAAACAGCUCUUGAUUUGAGCUGGGACUACUUUAAACCUGUAGACCUACACAUUUGAUUUGGAGGAAGUUCCAUUUAGAACAAUUGGGCCUAAUUGUGAGUAGGAAUAUAUAGGACUGCAGUUUAAGAGAGAGAGAGAAACAGACACUGUUAUGAACCCACCUUUGAGGAUUAUGAUAAAAAAGCCAGUUGUAAACAUUUAAAAGAACAAAAAAUAAAAGCACCCCUCCUGCUGCAAAAUGAUCUCUGUCUGAAAACUAAGCUAGAGAGGAAAGAUUAGAAGAGAGGCUGGGGUGAAAAAGUCAGAGAGCAAGACACGGUUAGAUCAAACAUAAUCAGAUGAAAAUCCUCAUCAUUAACAGGCUUAGCCUAUGAUCAACUCCAAUUAUGGCAAACUACAGUAAGAGAUGGGGAGGGACUUGGGUGGCCCAGCGCCAGGAGUGCGUCAGUUUAGUAGAAGGAAACUGUCCAAGCACACCGGCUGUGCCACAUGCAAGAGUGCACAACCCAGCCAGGUGGACAGGGUAUAAAUAUUAUUUGUAUUAGUAUUAUUAGUAUUAUUGAAAAUAAAGGAUCUUGCACCUGUGGCUUGUGGGGCUUCUUCGAAAUAAAAAGUUAUGCCUACCAGCUCCAGAUCCUUACAAGGCCUUCUUUGUCUAUCUUGUUUUCUCCUCAUUCUGUGAGUAGCCAUUGCCACCCUACUGAAGACUGUAUAACAGUGUGGUCCAAACCACAGCCUGCAGGCUACAUGCGUCCGCAAGGCCUUUUUGGUCAGCCUUCAGCAACAUUCAAGAAAAAAACACCUUAAGGCCUUACAAAAUAUUGUUGUCAUAUGUUGUUAACAAAAGAACAUAAUCUUUCUCUGCAUCAAAUUUGUUUAAUAAUUAAAUCUAUUAAUUGAGUGUUUAAUUACAAACACUUUAAUUCUAGUAUGGAAAUUUAAUUUACUGUUUGUCUUGUGGCCCACUUUGUAUGAAAAGUUGGACCGCCUUGCUGUAUAAUGUGGUCUCCCAAGGUCUCUCUCUUCGCUCCUCAAACCCUUAUAAGGAGGAGAACCCUUGGAUUGUUCUUGAAAAUGUGAAGGCGGUAUGUCAAAUUCUCAGUUGGGUGGGAGGACACAUAAGGCAGCGGCAGAAGGUUCCAAGUUCAGUCCUCUCCCCAGUAAUCUUCAGUUAGGCUCAGGCCUCAUUCCAGAUUGGGGGGGGGAGUCUUCUUGCUCAGUGAGCCUUUUCCAGCACUGACCACCUUUUUGCUUCCCACCACCAGGCAAGCACAUUUGUGAGACGGGCACAUGUGCAUAUUAACUGCAUCCAUACCAUGGAAAGUGUGCCUAGUUUGGCUGCAGAGGUGCUGGUUUGGGGACCCCAAAAGUGAGUUCAGUGUAGGGGAAGUGGAGCCUGAAAGUAAAAGGCACAUUGCUGAACUUAAUGAGCAAGGGCUGAGAUUCCCCCACGAGUUGUGCACUGCAAUGUUUCAUUUGCAAAUAAAAACAGAAUGCUUCCCAAACAGAGCACACUAAGUAUGCUCUGCAGCUCUAGAUGUGACCAGGGAGGCAGGUCCAUCCCUGACAUCAUUUGUUUGGGGGCUGAGCUGCUGAGAAGCCAAGGCUGGCAGGGUGGGGAGCCCUUAAGUCAUUAGCAGGAGUGUCUGGUGGUGUACGUGUGUCUCUCUUUGAAGCCAGCUUGCUCCACGGAAGGAAGGGCAGGCAGCCCUGUGUGAAUUGCAUAGGAGUCAAAAGGUUUCCCUGGAUAUGUCGGCCACAACUGCAGCUGUUCUUCUCUCUCUCUUCCUAGAGGCUCACCUUUCUGCACAAGCACCUGUCAACGGGUCCAAGUGGUCUUAUAUGGGUUCUUCUGAUGGGGAGCGAGUGUGGCCCAAGAUGUUCCCCUUUUGUGGAGGAGUAUUCCAGUCUCCCAUUGAUUUUCACAAUGACAUUCUCCAGUAUGAUUCAACUCUUCUGCCCAUAGAACUGGAAGGCUACAAUGUCUCCCCCACUGAGGAGUUUAUUUUGACCAAUAAUGGACAUUCAGUAAGAAUGAGUCUUUCUCAAAGCAUGCGCAUCCGGAGUCUCCCUUCCCACUAUUCUGCCGCUCAGCUCCAUUUACACUGGGGAAACCGGAACAAGCAGGAAGGAUCUGAACACACAAUUGGUGGGAGGCAUUUUGCUGCUGAACUCCACAUCGUACAUUACAACUCUGACAAAUAUCGGGAUGUGAACUCAGCAAUGGACAAAUCAGAUGGACUGGCAGUCUUGGCAAUCCUGAUUGAGACAGGCACGUUCAAUCCAUCAUUUGAAAAGAUUUUCAGUCAUUUUCGGAAUGUGAAAUACAAAGAUCAGGAAGCCUUCAUCCCAGGUUUCAAUGUCCAAGAUUUGCUCCCAGACAGACUGGAUGAAUAUUACCGCUAUGAAGGAUCCCUGACCACACCUCCUUGCUACCCAAGUGUUCUUUGGACAGUUUUUCGAAAGCCAGUACAAAUUUCAGAGGAACAGCUGCUGGCCCUGGAAAGCACUCUGUACUGCACACAGCCUAGUGACCCUGCCCCUCUUGAAAUGGUGAACAACUAUAGGAGAGUCCAGGAGUUUGAUGAAAGGCUGGUUUCUGUGUCCUUCCGGCAAGGUUUUGUCCCCUUUGUUGUAUUAGCCAGUAGCCUUGGCAGUGUCUUCAUUCUCGUGGUAGCCUUUUGGCUGAUUCGAAGGAAGAAGAGCAUCAAACAAACAAGGGAAGAAAAAGGGGUCAUCUACAAGCCAGCGAUCAGCGAAGAGGAGAAUAUUUCCAAAGCAUAAGCUUCUGUUGAGUUGCCUUAGUAGCCACUCAUUCACUGCUUUCUCAAACAUUUGCACUGUUUUCUCUUGCUUUAUCACUCAAAUCUGCUGGAUUAUUUUUGCCUGAGCACAAAAAGAGACAAUAACAAACUUAGUUGGCCUCUAAGGUGCUACUGGAAGGAUUUUUUAAAUUUUGUUUCAACUAUGGCAGACCAACACGGCUACCUACCUGUAACAAAAAGUGCUAUAGUUUGAAGAAAGCUUUUCAUGUGUAUGAAAAUGUGACUCCCCUCCCCCUAUCAGAAAACCAGUGCUGCUAAUGUUAAGGAAUCGCCUGUAUUUAGGGAGCAGAUGACGUUAUUGGUGCCAGAUUGAAAGAUCGUGUCAAUAAUAGAAUUGGAACAGUAGGAAAUGUUGAGAGGAAAAUGAGCAAAUUUGGAUAGAAAACCUGCUUUGGAUGCAGGUUUCCCAGCGCCAGUUUUAAGCAGUUUAUAGGUCAGGGGUCAGGUAUUUUCAAAUAAAACAGGUCAAAAAAAACCUCUCAUUUCCUCUGAGACUAUAAUGAGCUCCAUUAGGUUCAGGCUAAAGAAAUCUUGUUUCCUCCUAGUUGUUAUUGCUAGUGACAACAGGUAGAAGCCACAAAUUUGUACAUAAACAAAAAUACUAUGUAUACAUAAUCAGUAAUUUCAACUUUAUAUAGCAGCAUGUAAUAAAUAUUUUUAUUAAGAGUU